AUGGAUUUCGAUUUCAAGCGGCUCCAGCCCUGCGAAGAACUUUUCUAUGGAAUUGUACCUGGCAAAGGAUCUUACCCCAUUGACCGAGUUGUUUUGCCUGUCACUUUUGGCACUCAAGCCAACUACAGCACGGAGCAUCUCACAUUUGAGGUGGCCAAUUUCAAGACUUUCUACCAUGCCAUCCUUGGUAGGCCUAUGUUGGCAAGAUUCAUGGCGAUCUCGCACCAUACUUACCUUGUCCUAAAGAUGCCAGCCCCAAACAGAGUCCUCUCCGUCUAUGGUGAUGUGGAGACAUUAUACAAGUGCGACACCGAGGCAGUCCAGUUGGCUGAAGCACUUGAGUUAUUAGCCAAGGCCGCCGCUAUAAUAGCUGAAGCCCAGAAGAUGAGCAAGGACUAG